GCGCUCAAUCGGAUCAGACGAAUUGUGUCGUUAACAGCAUCGAUUCGAGAUACAGUCACGGGUUCCAGACGUGCCUCUCGUGGCUCUUGAGCGGUACGUUCUUCAUGGCUUAGAGAUGAACGAACGGUGGCCAUGCUGCGGAUGACGGAAGGGCAAGAGCGGAGAGGGGAGCAGGGUGCACGAGAUGUAAGAAGCUUGUGGAACAUAGCAACUGUUUUCUGGGUUCUUUCAGGUUCUCGACAACACUGAUGUUUGCCAAUUGAACACAGAUGGAAGGAGCUGUCAUCGGCUAUCAUACCCAGAUCGGGCAUGACGUCGCAUCCAUUCGGCAAGAACACCCCGCUCACCUUCGGCGUCUGAACAUGGCUGCCUGGACGCGAUUGAUACAAAGACUCAACUUGAAGAGCAUGUGUAUUCAUCUGUAGAAUAUCACAAAAGCAUAACGGAUUAGAAGAUGGCUACUCCACUAGCGACCCUAGGGGUCAUCUCGAUCGGAGAGAUGGGUCUGGGAAUAGCCAAACUACUCAAAGCAAAUGGCUAUCGCGUUGUCACCAACAUUAGUGAUCGGAGUCAAGCCACACAUGCUCGAGCGGAAUCAGCAUCGCUCGACCUGGUAUCGUCGGAUGAAGAACUAGCAUCGACCUCGGAUUACAUCCUCUCUAUCGUGCCUCCACGAGAUGCUAUAGCAACGGCAGAACGUAUCAUGAAAGUCAGCACGAGUGCCUCUUUCGCCAAACGAGAAAUUCCGUUAUACUUCCUAGACCUCAAUGCUGUCGCCCCAAAAUCAGUCAGAGGUAUAGCCGAGCUCUUCAAGCCGGCUGGCAACAAUAUUCGUUUCCUCGAUGGAGCCAUCAUCGGCAGUCCACCAAGUCUGAAGGACGAUCAUACUGACCCGAACACUGUGGAAGCCUGGAAGAGACCUAGCAUACCCAUGUCUGGACCGCAUGUACUCGCAGAUGCAGAGCGAAGUGGUGCUCAUCUUGCCAACGUACUUAAUUCUCAACACAUCUCCGAACAGAUAGGCUCAGCAUCAGGACUAAAGAUGAGUUUUGCAGCUGUGACGAAAGGUUUCACCGCGCUUGCCAUCCAGUCAUUCACCACAGCCUCUCGACUUGGUGUCCUCCCAGAACUGCAGCAGCAUCUGCAAACGUACAUGCCGAAAACUUACGAGAUGGCCAACGCUUCAGUGCCUGUGAUGCCUCCCAAAGCAUAUCGCUGGGUCAGAGAAAUGGAGGAGAUCGGUGCGACACUUGCGGAAGAUGGCGGCUUCGAGGAGAAUGAAGCAAUCUUUGGAGGAAUUGCAAGAACAUACGACUUGGUUGCCCAUGGAACAGAUUUGGGAAAGGAAAAGACCGGUGAGAGGAACAGAGGAAAGACCGUCGAAGAUAUGGCUACUCUGAUGAGUGAGGGUAUCGAUAGAAGGAAGCAGAAGAUGGAUUAGACACAGUAUGGGACGACCCAGAGGUGUAUAGAACGCAUGAUAGACAAUUGAUAGAAAGCACAAAUCUCGGAAUCAUGGCUGCAGCGGCUUUAAAGAUCCUCAAGAGAAAGAGGAAGCAGCUCCGGAAGUGACAG